AUGGUUAACGCAGCUCUUACAUCGCUUGCCCUCUUCGGCGCCUCGGUCUCCGCCCUUGGUCGCGCGCACGUUGUCAACAAGUGCUCCUAUGAAGUCUUCAUGUGCGAGACCCCCGCCAGUGGCGGCGGGCAACAGACUGUCGACAAGACUCUCCAGCCUGGCGAAUCCUGGGACCAGCAGUACACUUCCUUGUCCAAUGGCGCUGGCUGGUCCAUCAAGCUCUCCAAGACCGAAGGCGCAUUCGGCGGCAACAUCUUGCAGUACGAGUACACCUACCAGAACGACAACAUGAUCUGGUACGACCUGAGCUGUGUGGACGGCAACCCAUGGGACGGUAACUGGGAAAUCACCUCGGACAGCGACUCUUGCAACCCCAAGCAGCAGGCCUACCGAUACGCGACUGAUGAUGCCUAUGGCAUGCAGUCCUGCGCGGCUUCGGAUUCCAUCACCGUCACCCUCUGCUCUGGCGAGGCCGGUGAUGACUCCCCGGCAGGCUACUCCUCUGCAUCUUCUGUCGACUCCCCAGCAAGCUACGCCCCUGCAUCUUCUCAAGUCGCGCCAGCCAGCCACGCUGCACCAUCCUCCACCAGCGCGGUUUGGGCUCCAGUCUACAACUUCGACGGCCCAUCACCAUCCUCCUCCAGCGCUGUUUGGGCUCCAGUCUACAACUUCGAUGGUCCAUCACCUACCGCCACCACCUUUGCGACCAAGACUACCGUUGCACCCGCAUACGGCGGCGGCGCUGUUACCAUCACCCAAGUCGUUACUGAGAUCGCCACCGCGACCCAGUACGUCAAGAGGCAUCAGCACCACCCUCGCGGCGCUCACCAGCACGCCUAG